AUGAACAAGGUCAUUCUUCUCCUUAUCGGAUUAGUUGCUAGCGUAUCUGCUGCCCACAAACUCGAGAUCAGUGCUGCUCACUUCCUCAAGGCUGCCAGAAACAACCCAUUCUCAUUCGUCAAGGGAUACCUUUCAGCUUCCCACCCAAAUCUCCAAGGUCCAGUUACAUGGGGAACUUGCGCUUCAGAUGGUGGAUUCAAGGUUGAUCUAACCCAAACCCACUCAGACCCAACUCUCCCAAUCAAGGGUAAAGAUGUCACUCUUGACCUUGAUGGAACCUUCACUGAUGAUGCUGAGGUUGAUGGAGUCAACGUCUUUGUCACCUGGAACAAGACCCCACUUUACACCAACGAUUUCCCAAGAAAGAACCCAGAAUCUGCUGGAGACCCAUACGAAGACAAAAUCACCUGGAACAUUCCCUCAUUCGCUCCAAGUGGUCACUACUCAGUCCAAGUUAGAGUUCACGAUGGUGAGACCAAGCCAAAGAACUACGGUUGCAUCACUGCCGACUUCGACCUCUGA